UCUCCCGCCAGUAACCGCCUCGCAUGCGGCGUAAAAACAACGCAAGUUUCGUGUUAUGUUCUUAUACGCUAUGUCGGCCGAAAUUGCUCUAGUGCAAGAAAUAGAGAAAUAUCCGUGUCUCUACAACAGUUAUUUGCCCGAAUACAACCGUAAGGAUCUCGCUGAAGAAGCAUGGGCACAAGUUGCACAUAAUAACAACCUGACAGUAAGCGACUGCAAAGAAAAAUGGCGAAACAUCCGAUGUUCAUUUCUAAGAAGUUUAAAGCCAACCACUAGAUAUAAAAAGCCUUACUAUUUAACCGCUUACCUACAAUUCAUAUUGCCGUUUAUGAAAUCGAUUAAUAAUUUAGAAUAUAUAGACGAACUUCAAUUAAAUGAUUCACUAAAAAAUAAUACGAGUGACGUAAUAGUAAAAAUGGAACCAGAAGAAAUUCUUGAAGCACAAUCUGAAGAUGAGAAUUUAAACAAAGAAAUACCAGUCAUAAUCGCCGAAUCUGUUACCUCUGAAUGUAUAAUACCUAGAGAAAAGCCUACAGCCCCUAGACGACGUAAACACUUUACACCAAUUGUAACAAAAACAAACAAAAAAAUUAAAAAAUCAAACAUAAUCACAACAAAUUCAAACAAGAUCAAUGGAAAUGCUUUGCGUUUCUUCUUACUAAGUCUUCUACCAGAACUGGAAACAAUGACUGAUGAACAAGUUAGAUUAUUUAAAAUUAAAGCUAUGUUGUUAAUUGAUGAAAUAAAAACAAACGAUACAGAGAUAAGGAAAAGUAUAAACAAUAUAAAUGAUACGAGACGCAUUCAAAAGCGAUUAAUUAAUUUGCUAUUGAAAAACGUCAAGAAAGAAUCACCUAAUUGAGAAGUUAUUCCAAUAAUUUUACUGUUAUUUAUAAGGAUUAUAUAUAAUUUUAUCUCAUUGCUUUGCAUACAUUACCUAAUUGCACAGAGUAAACACAUUUAUCUUUAUGUUGAGUGAAGAAUUACGUAUCCAAACUCUUUGGUGGACAAAGAUCAAGCAUUCUGCCAAAGAGAUCGCAUACAGGCCACAAAACCUUUGCCUUUUAUUGUAUAAAAUGUUUGGUUAAAAAAGAGAAUCACGCGGGAAAUCGACGAGUAAACACCAAGAUGUAGUAGUGAAGAGAACUUGAAGAAAUAUUUGUUGUAAAUAUGUAAAUAGUUUUAUCAUAGAGUUUUUAAUAAAGAAUAAG